CUGGCCUCCAAGGCGUUAUAUCUCGUCUUCUCACGAUCGGCAGGAGUGAAUCGUGAACCGAGUUUAAGGAUCUGUCUGAGGGUAUAAAUCUCACUACCUUGUUCGAUUGUUGGUUUAGCUGGAAUCGAUUGCUUGUUCAAAGCGAGAAAAAUGGCUUCGAAACGGAUCUUGAAAGAGCUCAAUGAUAUCCAGAAUGAUCCUUCAACCUCCUACACUGCUGGUCCAGUUGGUGAAGACUUGUUUCAUUGGGAAGCUACAAUAAAGGGUCCAUCAGACAGUUUUUACUCAGGUGGAGUCUUUAUUUUAACCAUUCACUUCCCUCCUGAUUAUCCUUUCAAACCACCCAAGGUUACGUUUAGGACAAAAGUGUUUCACCCUAAUGUCAACAGCAAUGGAAUCAUUUGCCUCGACAUUUGCCAAGAUGUUUUGAAAGAACAAUGGAGUCCUGCACUCACCAUUUCCAAGGUUUUGGUUUCGAUAUGUUCAUUGUUGAGGGAUCCAAACCCAGAUGAUCCUAUGGUUCCCGAGAUUGCUCACAUGUAUAAAACCGAUAGGACCAAGUAUGAAUCUACUGCAAGAAGCUGGACUCAGAAAUAUGCAAUGUGA